AUGCUUGCGCAUGUAAAAAGCCUGGCAACCAAAAUCAAUCGAUUCGUACCGAAUUUGUCUCACACUUUUGUAAAAUUCCGUUGGUUAAACUAUGCAGAGAUCAAGCAGCAGCUCCGCAAUGCACAGCUUGAGUUGAAGAAGUCACUGCGUAAGGACUAUUACAAAAUCUUGGGCGUUCCGAAAGACGCGGACGAGACACAAAUCAAGAAGGCGUACAGGAAGGGAGCCUUGAAAUGGCACCCAGAUAAAAAUCAAAAUAACUUGGCGGAAGCGGACAAAAUGUUCAAGGAUGUCGGCGAGGCGUAUGCAGUGCUCAGCGACCAGAAAAAGCGGUACAGAUACGACAGCGGCGCGGAUUUGGAAGACGAAGGCGGCAUGGGAGGUGGCACGGGAGGUGUGGACGUCAAUGAGAUCUUCAGAAUGUUCCAACAAGGCGGCAUGGGUGGAGGUGGAUCCGGUGGAGGUGGGUUCGAACACGGGGGUUUCGACUUUGGUGGCCAGAGGCAAUCGCGAGGUCACAGCCACGGGCAAGGGUUUGGUGGGCACGGACAUCCAUUCCAUGGACGCUAGAUCAACGCAAAGUACUGAUUGUGGACGUUAAGUGCAAGCUAGUGCUAGAUAACUUAGUGUUGAAUGGAUGCAAAUUGCUAUCUCUGGACAUUAAAUAAAAUAUCGCUCAGUUUGUG